UCACUUGGUGUCCAUAUAUGUCUGGGGGACAUUAUCAGCACAUUCUCUCUUAUUACCUGGGAUGCAUUUUUUUUUCUUUUCACUCUCAUGAUGGAUUUCAAUUCCUAAAGAUUUCCCUCUGAAAAUAAAUAUGCAGUAAUGCAUUCUGCUGUUCAGGCAUUUGAGGUAAAUGGCUCACAUUCAUUUUAGGGUUAGUAGUCAUGCUGUUUAUUUUUCUCUAGCUAUUACAGGAAGUUCCUCUUAGGGAUCUACCUCAUAACACCAAGUAAAAUAUAGAGAGACCCCUACAAAUUGUCUCCAAGGCUUGAGUUCAGCAUUCGCUUGGAUUUUUUUUUUUUUUUUUUUUUAAGCAAAGCAAAUCAAGCAAUGAUUUUGUGCAUUCAUACCCUCUGGCCCUCAUUUUUUUCCCCUUUAUAGACCCUAACUCUACCUUUCUGCUUUAAGGCAAGGUAAACCCGGUGGCCUCUCCCCUCCGCCCCUCAAAAUGAUAGCAAUCUCCGCCGUCAGCAGUGCACUCCUGUUCUCCCUUCUCUGUGAAGCAAGUGCCGUCGUCUUACUCAAUUCCACUGACUCAUCCCCGCCAGCCAAUAAUUUCACUGAUAUUGAAGCAGCUCUAAGAGCACAACUAGAUUCUGCGGAUAUCCCCAAAGCAAGGCGGAAGCGCUACAUUUCGCAGAAUGACAUGAUCGCCAUUCUUGAUUAUCAUAAUCAAGUUCGGGGCAAAGUGUUCCCACCAGCAGCAAACAUGGAAUAUAUGGUUUGGGAUGAAAACCUUGCAAAAUCUGCAGAGGCUUGGGCAGCUACUUGCAUUUGGGACCAUGGACCAUCUUACUUGUUGAGAUUUUUGGGUCAAAAUCUAUCUGUCCGAACUGGAAGAUAUCGCUCUAUUCUCCAGUUGGUCAAGCCAUGGUAUGAUGAAGUGAAAGACUAUGCCUUUCCAUACCCUCAGGACUGCAACCCCAGAUGUCCUAUGCGAUGUUUUGGCCCCAUGUGCACACAUUAUACACAGAUGGUUUGGGCUACCUCUAAUCGAAUAGGAUGCGCAAUUCACACUUGUCAAAACAUGAAUGUUUGGGGAGCUGUAUGGCGACGUGCAGUUUACUUGGUAUGCAACUAUGCCCCCAAGGGCAACUGGAUUGGAGAAGCACCAUAUAAAGUUGGGGUACCAUGUUCAGCCUGCCCUCCAAGUUAUGGGGGCUCUUGUACUGAUAAUCUUUGUUUUCCAGGAGUAACGUCAAACUACCUAUACUGGUUUAAAUAAGCUUAUCUUUUCCUCCAGGAAAUAUAAUGGUUUCUGGGAAUCAUAGGCAUGUAUAUAUAUUGAGUUUUGCACAUACUAUACAUAUUUUAUCAUAAUCUUGUUUUCCUUUUAUUAUCAUUGUAUAAAUUAGUGUUUGUCUAGUGUGUUUGUUUAAUCCUUUGAGGUAAUCAGAAUAUCUGUUUCUAUUUUCUGACCUCUAAGCAUAAAUUAAAAUAUUGUACGUAGCAUUGACAUCGUUGAUGCAUCCCAUUCCAAAACUUGUUUUCCAAAGGAAUUAUGAUAUGGCCCUAAAGAAUAAAAUAGAUAUUUGGCCUAUAAUACAUGUGUGUAUAUAUACACACAUAGAUGAUGUAAUACACAGAUAAUAAUAUGAAUCUAUAGUUAACUUGAGGGAAAAAAUUUUAAAUCCUAUUCUAAAAUAUACAUGAGGUUGUGGGACAUCUUCAGCACCCAUUUCUGUAAUGCCAAAAACUGAUAAUUUGUGAAAGAACCCUCGGUGAUAUCUGGAUACAAUAUUUUAAUUAAGCAAUCACAGAUUUCAUCCUAGAGAUAUCUUAUUUGGGCUCACCAAAAGAUAUACUUGACUUAUGUAAGGUUCAAAUCAUGCCUUUUGUUUAAUCUCUUUUAUUGAAUCAGUAAUCCUGUGUGGCGUGGUCAUGAUGGGCAAGGCACAAUGCUAAUUAUGUUUGGAUAAUGCAAAGAUAAUAGGAUAUGAUCCCUGCCUUCAAGAAGCUCACAAAAAAUAUUCAGAAAUUCAGACUAAUUAUCUUGGUAUAAAAUUAUUUUAACAAAUUGGUUUUUCUUGUGAUUUUGAGAAAGUUACUGCAACAGUUUACAGGUAGGUGGGAAAGGUGAUAUGCUGUGUAAUAUGUCAAGCAUCUGAUUAGCAUGAAAAUGUAGCUAGAGUGCUUGGAACUAAAUGAGGCAGGGACGAAUUAACAACUGACCAGGAAUUGGUGGGUGAGAGUAAAUAGGUGAUUUUGGAAGGUGAAAAGUUAAACCCAUGCAAAUUGGUGAGGCCCAAGAAAAGUGAGAUUUGGGUUACAGAGAUAAAAAGUCCCAGAAAAAGGGUUACACCCCACACCAACCCCCCACACACACAUGGAGAGCUUCAGAAGGACAUAUCCUGAAGGUCUAGUACACCUUGAGGCCUGUCAGCAGGUGCAGAAUGCCAGAAAGAAACACUGGAGGUGCCAAGGACACCUCCGACUCUCCAUGGUUUUGCUUGUCCUUAUUUGGUGCAAAUCAACCCAAUCAUCAUAGUCUUUAAACAUCGUGUUAAAGAUCCCAUGUGCACAUCAUAGACAGUUAUGAUUUUGUUAAAGGGGCCUUCUGAUGAUAUUCUAAAGGCUAAUUACCAAAUUUUACUUGUCUAUCUAAGCAGUAUAAUUUUCAAUUCUCCAUUAAGUUUGGUGGAUGUCAAAGUUACUAUGAAAAUUUCAGUCAUGUGAUUUUUUGGAAAGCUUAUUUCCAAUCAGAGAAUCACUUGCAGUGAGAAUUCAACCUUUGGGUCAAGACACGAACACAUUACAUUUCAAGUGUGUGUGCUGGGGGGCUGGGUUCAGGCUAUGUAAUGCUUCAAUAGAAUUACGGAAUAAGUAGACAUGGUUGUUCCAGAGUACAAAUAACAGAAGGAGGCUACUUGUUUAAAAUUUCCUACACAUUUGCAGUUUCUUAGGGUAGAUGAAAGAUGACAGAUAAUUAAAUCCAAAGGGGAAACAUCCACCAUCUGGAGUUUAGGUUUACAUGAUGACAACUGGUCUGAUUUCUUUCAUGCACUGAAUCUGACCAGUGUUUUCAUAUUAUACUACUUUGCUUUUGUGGGAACAUAUACAGACUUUAUUUAAAAUGGGUAUUUUCUGAGACUAAAGUGAAGAACGGAAAUAAUUGUAAGAGUCAGGCCCCAAUCCAACUUUAACUAGGCAAUUGGAAAGAAAGCUCAUUAGUGAGAAAUUAAUUUAUCUAGAAAGUAUUUUCAUCCUUGAUUUUGCUAAACUAGUUCAAUAAAAGAAGCAAAAGUACCAUUAAGCCCAAAAAGGCUAUUAGCAAUUCCAGUUCUGUUGCUGGUUUACUUGCAUGGCUUGGUUUCUUAGUACUCAAAAAGAAUAAUGAUAUUUGCCACAUGUUUCACAGAGGUUCAUGGGAAAGUAAAAUUACCAUAGUAAUAGGAACAUUAUCAUUAAUAUUGUGAAACAUUUGUUUGAGACAAAAAAUAGGUCUUUCAUGAGCUCCUCUUUGGCAGAAUUCUGUCUUAUCUUUGUAUUUAUCCCAGCUUCUUACAUAGUGGCUGUAAUGUAAUAAAUGCUUAUAUGAACAAGUUUUUAGAAUUAACUAGAAAAUUCAGAAUUGCAAGAAUUUAGAGGAAUCCCACCUUUCCAUGUUCUGUUAAGACUAAAAGGUCUUAGGUACAAAACUUUGAAAGCAUCAACAAUCCAGAUAACUCAUCAAACAUCAGAUUAAGACUAGGGUCACUCAUAAUUUCUACUCCACAAUCCUUUCCAAAUCACGGCUAGAACUGUAGUUUAUUUGUAACUUAACAACUCAGCUGAAAAUAUAACGGGUAUAUUUGUUAUUCUAUCUGUACUUUUGAAAGUCAGUAAUAUAAAGUAGCCAUGUGAAAUGUUUUAUUUUCCAGGCUAAAGCAAAUGAAAGUUUGCUAAUGUCAACAAAGCAUGUCAUAUUUUUUUCACAGCAUGCAACAAUGGUGCUAGGAUAGCUAUUUCUCACUGUAAUUCCCAGAGACAUAAGGGGUCUGGGCAUAAGCUAUUUCAUAAGAGCAGCUUUAAAUAGUCAGUACUGAGGUUUUCUAUUUCAAACAGUUUCAUUGAAAAGAAAUAGUAAUUGGCAUAUAUAUUCUAAAACAUUGAUUUUUAUCUUCGGCACAGUUUUUCAUAUCAUCCUUUAUUUAGUAGCAAAGUAAAAACUUUCUGUCACAGUAUAGAUUUUUUUUUUUUUUUUUGCUUCCAUGUCAUCAAAAGACUGGAAAAAUAACAAUCUUUGCUGUUAAACUGAUACAGAAGUGUAUUUGAGUUGUGUAGACACAGUCUUAACACUCCUGGUUAUGAUAGAUAGGCUUGCUUUAAAAUGUGGCAGAAAUGUUUUUUAUUAUUAUCAUAUGUUUUUUUUUGUUUUUGUUUUGUUUUUUCUGUUCAGUUGUCUAAGCAGCAUCACUUUUCUGGUCCAUUAGGGCUUCCUUACCAAAUUAAAUUGGGCAGUGCUGUGGUGUUUAUUUGAAAACUUCGUGGAAAUAUUCAUUUGAAAGCUCCAUGCAGCUUUAGCACAGAGUUGACCAAACAGUAGAGAAACUUCAAUACAAUUUACUGAGAAUAUGUGAAUUGAAACAAUAUAUAUAUUUUUCCCAUUAAUAAAUGCUUGUGUUAAGUCAACUUAUAACAUCCACAUAAGUAAAUCUAAAACAUAUUUAGGCCAGUUUUAAAUGUUUUGUGUUCAUACUCUGCUUAUUAAAUGAAUGCAUAAGCUAAACAGACACAUCGAAUAUGUCUGAAAAGUCACGCUUAAACUAGGACCUGUGUUCUCCCCCUUGUAUAACACCAUUCCCUAUGUUACACAGUAGCAUAGGACACAAAUCUUGACUUGGAUAGAAGCCUUUUCCUACAGAAGUGUUUAGGGAGAGUAAAGUUAGAUUUCUAUCAAUGUCUAAUAUUAUCUUUGUUAUUAUAUGUAUUUUUGUAUUGUCAUUACAUGUGUGAGGGAAGACAUAUUUAAACACAUGCAUAAUGAUUUUUAAAGUUUAUGUCAUAGUCUAACAUUGACUUAUGAGAGGUGAAUCAAAAAUUUAGAAACUUUAACAAUUCACAUGGUGCUGAAAAAUGCAUUACAACUGUCAUAUACUUGCUACAAUUUUGAAGUUUCUUUGCAAUUAAAGUUUAUAUUAAGUGUAAACUGUAAGUAUCUAUUCUGGUGCUAAAUAUGUGGUGCUAAAUGAAUUGUUAAUUUUAGUAGCUUAGGAACUCUCCUUUUAUUCUUUGUUAAAAAUCCCUGAUUUAGAAAUACUAAUGAAGUCUUGUUAAAUUAAUCUUAACUACAUAAGCCAGUAAACUCUAUUUUUUAUACAAUAGUCCAACUUUAUUUAGGUGUUACCAAAUGUAAACAUAUUUCUUAGAAGUUAUCGAUUUUUUUUUAAAGGUAUUUUUAUCUUGGCAAUGUCAAAUUCAACUAUCACCUAAAGGUUAGAGUUAACACCCACAGCAACCAUGCUGCAGGCACUGGCGCCCUCUGGUGGUUAUAAAAACAAAUUCUUGAUGGCUACUUGACCUGCAACAAAACCAUUUCUUAGGGUCAAUAAAAAUUUUAGUUGCAUAAUAUUAGAAUUCUUGGAUAUUCACUAAAUCUGAUAUCAUUAAAAAUAUUUGAAUCUAUUGACAUAAUUUUUUAAGGGGAUAAGAGAUGAUGUAUCUUGACAUCCACUUUCCUAAAUAAUGUUAAAAAAUGAUAUUCCAGUUCUAAGGUGCUUAUUAAAGUGUUCUUUUUUUGAACUACAUAUUUAUAUAUUUUUCAUUUUGUUUACAUCAUUAAUACAAUAAGAAUUAAAAUUAUCAAACAGAAAAUUAUAAGUGUGUCUCACCUUCAGAAGUGGUAAUUUAUUUUUAUACAUUAAAAUAAUUACAUGUAUCAAAAGAUUAUCUCUCUAUUUCCACUUGUUGAUCUAUAAUUUGAUAAUCCUCUUUGGUCAUACUAUUGAGCUAAUGAUAACAUUUUAUUAUGCCAUUAAAAAGUCCUUCUAAACUUAAGAAUGUGCAUAAAAACUGAGAAUUACAUCUUCUGUAAUUAAUGAAGGCAACAUUUUUAAGUAAACUUUCACUUGAGUUGUGCAAUUGACUAAGUGUGAUGAUCUGUUUUGACAAAGAUAUUUCUUAAACUGUGUUUGCAUGACCAAAUGGUAUACACUUUGAAGCAGUUUUCCAAAUUAGUAUUUUCAAACUUAUUUUAAAACAACAGAACCCUUUGUAUGACUUCAAUCACAUACAAAGCUCUAACAUAUGAUACCCAUAAAAUGGACCUACUUAUUCCCCAAACCUUCCUCGGUGCCUUGGAAGUUUCUUCUGAGAGCCCGAGGAUUGUAUUAAAUCAUUAGAAAAAAUUGAUCUAAAUCAUCCAGUGUUCCCCAUUUUCUCUAAAAUAACCAGCUAAUUAAAGACAAAAAAAUUUAAACUCUAAAAGUAUUUCAGUUGUUAUCUCAAACACCCAUUUCACUUUGCAUGUAUUAGAAUCCUCUUAGUUUGAUGGAGCAUUAAAUACUGACUUUGGUGCUUGGUUAUAGAUUACAGUAUCUUGUGUGUUGUUAUUUGACAGACAGAAUUUUGGUACCAUAAUAUUUUGACAAUUAGAGAUAAUUGUGAUGCACAUAUGAAAAUAAUGUUUAAAAAUACGUUUCAAAUAUGUACAUAAUCCCAAAACAGACUGUAUCAUUUUAAUUUUUAAAAAUAUUAAUUUGAUAUUCUUUAUUCAUUACCUGUGGGAGUAAAAGUGCCUUUGAUGUUGUGAUAUAAUGUCAUGAAUGUGUACAUACAAAAAACCUGUGUAAACCUCUGUCUUUAUAAAACAUAACAAGUGUAGCUUUUUGAGCUCUGCUAUAUUGUUUUCUCUUUCAAUAAAAAGUUAUAAUUAA